UCUAUGGGUGGUGAAGUUCAACUCGCUGAAUGAACUCGUGGACUACCAUCGCACAGCGUCAGUCAGUCGCUUACAAGACGUCAAAUUAAGAGAUGUGGUCCCUGAGGAGAUGUUGGUUCAGGCGUUGUAUGAUUUCACACCGCAAGAGGCCGGGGAGCUCGAGUUUAGGCGCGGCGAUGUCAUCACCGUAACCGACCGCUCCGAUCAGCACUGGUGGCAGGGCGAGAUCGCGCACCGUCGCGGCUUGUUCCCGGCUUCGUACGUGACGGCGUACCAUUCAUAGUGGCAGUGCGUCACUUCUUGCCUCUCUACCGCCGCUGAAUUGUGUUGUGUGCCGCCAUCUUUAUCUUACUUUCCAACCUGUCUCGACUUGCACCUUGAUGCCCUCGAAAGUUUUAUGUGUCGCAAACUUCUAGAGGAAAUGUUAUGUCUUACAAAAUAUGACCAAUCAUUCCCACUUUCCAUAGGCAUGCCUCUGUGACACAAUCUCAUGUAUAAUGUACGACUCAUAACUGAAGGAGAAUUUGGGUCCGGUUUGAAAACGCGUUUGAUAAUAAUUGUGCAAUUAAUUAAUUUUAAAUGUUAUAAAUGGCUGUACAUAUAUUAUGUAUGCCUUAUACAUGCAAAUAGAAAGCGUUAAAUAGAACAUAUCAGGUUUUUAACAUAAAUAAAUAUUGGUUAUUGUAUGAAAUAAUUCUGAUAUGUGUUUGCUAAACACAAAAAGAUAUAUUUGGGAUUGAGUAUGUUUGACCAAACAUCAGAUAGUGAUAAUACAUUUCUGGGAAAGUUGACUUUGCUGUACUAUUUCAAUUCAUAAUAAACGACGUACUUAUACUGUACACACCCUUAGGCUUUUUGUGAGAUGAUGUGAAUCGUACAUUAUAAAUAAAAAGUCCAAACAUUCUUCAGAGCGUCAUCAUCAAGGUUUGUACGGGCGUGGACUCUGAUUUUAUAUGUAAUGUUUUUGACGUGUUUUAUGGUGCUUUUUGUCCUACAGCUAUUUGAUUAUAUGGAUAAUUUUAAGCAAAUCGUUUUGAUUCGCGCAAGCAUAUCAUGCCACAUUGGCCCGUAUGACGCGCGUGGUAAAGCUGAUUUUUGCAACGAUAAAUUAUAUGGAGUACAAAAUUUUCGUGCCGUCGUUUUUCGUGGCUCUGUGACGAAUUUAUUGAAGAAUAUUUCUCAUUUUCAAAUGCAGCGUGACAGUUCGCUGGACGGUGUUAAUUUCGUCCUCAAUUACGUGCCAGAAUUAUUUGUAGAUUAUAACGAGGAAUAUUGUUCUUUGUUUUUUUUUAAACAUAAUAAUGGGAUCAAUUCAGUUGUAAACAAACCUCUGAACUGCCCCGAUGAUUUUACGUUGAUGUGAUUUUUUUUUAUUUUAAUUUUGAACACACGACUGUUAUUUAUCAACAUAUUAGUGUAUAAUGCUCAUUUCCUUUAUAUUUACCAUUUACACAUAAGUUAAGUAAUAGCCUUAAGUUUGUUUCAAUUUAUUUUAUUUUACAUACGAUUGGUAUAUAAAAAUAUAAUCUGGUACCAUAUACGCGUAGGAUGACGAUAUGAAGGGUAAUGUCCCUCCCAAAAGUUUAGCUCUCCUUAGAUUUAGGCAACUGUUGGUUUGUGUUACGCACAAUAUGUAAAGGCCGUAUAUUUUAUAUUAUUAUUAUUAUUAUUCAACAGGCCAACUCUGUAUUGGCUAUGUUUUUUUAUAGAAUGGAUGUACAGCGAGCAAGUUUUAGGACAAUAUUUACAACAAAUUGAAACGCUUUUUACGGCUUUUGAUGUUUUAAAUCGGUUUUGUUACCUGUUUUAACAUUUUACCAAAAUAAUAAGGCGAAAAUUAAAGUUUAAGAAUCUUAUUCAAUGCUCUAACGUAUAAUACGAUUUUAAAAUUAAGACGACAACGUAGUUACUACGGCAACUAAUAUUGUAAUAACAUUUAAUUUCGACGUGAAAUUCAACAUUAUGGUACUCUGGUGCCAUUGUACUUAGUUAGUGUAUAACAUUGUAGCCGAAGAAUUUGAAAUUAAUAAUUUGAGUUCUCGUUGAUCCAAUGUAGAUAUUUAUUUUUGUUAUGGUAAUGUACCCAAAAUUACUAUAUUUAUAGAAUCAUAAAUGCAUGAGACAAUUUUAAUCUUAAUGUUAACUAAUGUACAUGCUGUAAGUCUCUCCCAUGUAAGUUUUAUUUCAUCGCAUCCUAUCAGCAAAGCAUUUAAACUGCCAGAGUAAGUUUGAUCGGAUCACCAGUACGUGUAUUGUGGGGCCUUGGCGGAUUUUGGUACCACCAAAUGUACGCCGGGGUAGUCUUUGUAUUGUGCUUCUCGCUGUAGUGACAAGUAAGCGUAUAAACGCAAGUUUAUAAGAAAUUGGAAGUGCUAUAAUCUAUAAUAAUCAAAUAUUUAAAUAAUUAAGUUAUGAUUCUCCAAUAUUCUGGAAGAUGUAUAAUAUUUUUUACUAAUAAAUUUAAUAUUGU